UAUCCAAGCAGGAGGUAACGCUCCUCAGCCUCCUUUUUUCACUGAUCGUUACCGGAAGUCUGUCAUUCAUCAACUUCCGGUGUCACGGUGCCUGGGAGACGGAGCGAAAAAGCGGGCAUACCGAAAUCGUAAUGGUUUUCGGAAGCCUCCUACCAUUUAAAGGCGUAUACAUUCGGCUUAUUUAGUCAGAUAACUGUGCAUUGUGGACAAGUGACCGCCCGGGGUUUGUGGUUGGCUCAGAAAAGAGUCUUAAUUCAUUCGACUUUCGUUGCAGCUAGCUAACCGGCUAACGCUCUCCCACACUGACGGUAGUGUCUGGAGCAGCGGGGCCUUGUUCGCCUGGACUUUGCUACAAGCUAGCUAGCUGGCUAACAUUAGCAAGCUAACCCAUGCGAGCACGUUUUCUCUCUCCGCGACUCUUCCUGUUACGUUGUUAUUAAACACCAGCUCGCGUGUGUGUGUGUGCUGGUUAACGACGUUACACACUCGUGUCGUUCAGUAGGCCGCACGUUUAAGCGAACUCUCUCGCGCCAACGUCCCAUCGGCGACGCUCUCGUGCUUUAGGUGCUGUGCACUCCGUUGCUAGCUCGAGCUAGCCGCCGCCGACCGAACAACGCAGCCUGUGAGAGCCCGAGCAGCCCCCGAGCCAGAGAUGUCGGACUUCGACGAAUUCGAAAGACAGCUCUCUGAAAACAAACAAGCUGAAAGGGACAAAGAGAACCGCCACCACCGUCGGUCCUCCUCCCGCAGCCGGAGCAGAGAGAGGAAAAGGAGGAGCAGAGACAGGGACAGACGCAGCAGGGACCGCCGCGGGGACAGUAAGGACCGCAGACACAGACGCAGAUCCAACCCUACUGGCCUUGCAGUUCCUGUAAAUACCACUAGCUCACCACCCAGCAUCCCCCAGGACAAUGCUGGAAGCCGUUCUCCACACCGUGAGAAGAAGAAGAACAAGGUGAAGAAGUACUGGGAUGUCCCUCCACCUGGUUUUGAACACAUCACUCCCAUGCAGUACAAAGCCAUGCAAGCUGCAGGCCAGAUCCCAGCCACAGCCCUUCUGCCGACCAUGACUCCAGAUGGCCUGGCUGUUACUCCCACCCCAGUACCUGUAGUGGGCAGCCAGAUGACCCGGCAGGCCCGCCGACUCUACGUUGGCAACAUACCCUUUGGUAUCACAGAGGAGUCCAUGAUGGAUUUCUUCAAUGCCCAGAUGCGUUUGGGUGGUCUUACUCAGGCCCCUGGAAACCCUGUCCUUGCAGUACAGAUCAACCAGGAUAAGAAUUUUGCCUUCCUUGAGUUCCGUUCAGUUGACGAAACAACACAGGCAAUGGCCUUUGAUGGUAUAAUCUUUCAAGGCCAGAGCCUCAAGAUUCGUCGUCCCCACGAUUACCAGCCCCUGCCCGGCAUGAGCGAGAACCCCAGUGUCUAUGUGCCUGGUACACAGCCAAUUAAUGGCGUGGUGUCUACUGUGGUGCCCGACUCGGCUCACAAGCUCUUCAUUGGCGGCUUGCCCAACUACCUGAACGAUGACCAGGUGAAGGAGCUCUUGACGUCAUUUGGGCCUCUGAAGGCCUUCAACCUGGUCAAGGACAGUGCUACUGGCUUAUCUAAAGGAUAUGCCUUUUGUGAAUAUGUCGAUGUCAACCUUAAUGACCAGGCUAUUGCUGGGCUGAAUGGCAUGCAGCUGGGAGACAAGAAACUCCUGGUGCAGAGAGCCAGUGUGGGAUCCAAGAACGCCACUCUGACAAGUAUAAAUCAGACCCCAGUGACGCUGCAGGUGCCGGGUCUGAAUAGCUCGGUGACUCAAAUGGGUGGCCUGCCCACUGAGGUGCUGUGUCUGAUGAACAUGGUGGCGCCAGAGGAGCUGCUGGAUGAUGAGGAAUACGAGGAGAUUGUGGAGGAUGUCAGGGACGAGUGCAGCAAGUACGGCCAAGUUAAGAGCAUUGAGAUACCUCGACCUGUGGACGGCCUGGAGGUGCCCGGGACUGGCAAGAUCUUUGUGGAGUUCAUGUCCGUUUUUGACUCCCAGAAGGCCAUGCAGGGGCUGACAGGAAGGAAGUUCGCCAACAGGGUGGUGGUGACCAAAUACUGCGAUCCAGAUGCUUAUCACCGCCGGGACUUCUGGUAGAGGACGCAUGAAGAGAGGAGCGGGUGGGGGGAGGGGGGGAGGGAGGGAACAUGUCUUGUCCAUUUUCAAAUCAGCCCCCUGAUUGAUUUGGCAGAGCAACGUUUCAGGUAGAUCUGAGAGUAUUAAUCAUUUGACAAAUGGCUUUGGUGAUAUCCAAUUAAUCAUUUGAGGUCUAUGUGAAAUGUCCAGCAGUUAAAACAGAUUUUUGGAAUUGGAGAAGAUUGGGCAGUGUUUCUAUUGAGUCCAUAACAGAGGGGGCUAGAUUUGGGUGGCAUGGGUGUAGCUGGGUGGGUGGGGAAGUCAAAAGUUUUUUUGAGAAAUGUGUGUAAUAAUAGGUUUGGGAUGGGGUCAAUCAUUUUUAUACUUUGUGAGGCAGAAAUGUCAUUUUGGGGGGAGGGGGGAACCACACUUUAAGGUUUGUAUUUAAAUGGAGGCAGCCUGUUUUAAGUACAUUAGGAAGAAGUUGCAGAAGGGAACUAACUGGACUUUUCUGAGGGAGAAGAUGGAUGGAGGAAACAGGAGUGUUUAUUUGUGAGAGGAAGAUGUGGGGGAGAUGGAGAGGAAGAUGAGGGCCUUUUUCGUUUCACCAUCUAAUCUAGAUACACAGUAGCUGUAACAUCCACGUCCGUUUUGCCACCAUCAUUAGAACAGUGAGAGGAGAGGCCUCUUAUUUUUUUUUUUUUUUUCUGAUUUGACUCUUAUCAUUUCUUUGCGUUCCUUCAAUUUUUAUCAGACUACUGCCCCCCUCAGGACGAUUGUUAGAGAAUAUGUUGUCUAAUUGGAUUCUAUCUAAAUGUCAACUGUAAUUGUUACGAUACUGUGUGUAGCUUAACUGAUUUAAGCUGUAAUAUCACCUUAUAUUCAGGCUGCAGAACAACAUGAGCUGCAGAAAAGAAAGUUUUCCACUAUACCAUUUUGAGUUUCUUUUUUCUAUUUUCUGUAACUUUUUUCACGCCCAUCUUUUGUGCACAGCUUUUAACAGAUGAGGUUGUUUCUCACAGCAGUUCAGUCCUGAUUUAAUUAGAAAAUAAUACAAAGAAAGAUGGGGAGAGAAAAAAAAAAAUAUUGGUCUUUAAUAGUGGAUUUGAAUCUUCCUUACCAAAAAGCCUUAAUGUUCUUACAUGUCAAUUCGCUGAAGAAAUAAAUUUGGCUUGCCCCUCUACAAUUAUGUCAGUAUGUUAAUAAAUGUCACUAUCUUGUCCUUUAGCUUUGCAUUACUAGUUUUCAUCUAUCCUUGUUUCCCAGCAGAUUUGGGGUGUAAGAUGUGUUGGACCCGGUUGCUUUUUGUGUGUGCAACGUCUCACCUCUUUGAUAAGACCAAAUAAACACAUAACUAAUACCCUUGACUCAUGUUGUACCGUAGGGGGAAACCAAAACCACACAACUUCUCUCUGUUCUGUCAACUUCCAGCAUGAUUUGUAUAAAAGACAAACUAGAUCAUUUGAUUGCAGAUGGCUUGUCCACACUAAAUAAUUCAAACUAAUACUGUAAUGGCUUAUUUGAGACAUUUGGGCUCUCUGGAGAUGAUUUGAUAAAUAUAGCCUGCUUUUAUAUAUAUAAAUAAGACUUGCUAUCAAAUACCUAACUAAAUUUCAACAAACAAAAUUUCACAUUUUAGUGUUUACUGAUAUCAUGUUGCUGUUUGGGGAUUUUCACAAAAUCUAAGGGGUCUGUAUGUACUUGCACAAAGUCUGCUUUUCUCUCAUCUCCCUCAUCUUCUGCCCUUAAAUCUCUAAGGACCACAUGUUCACACUGUACAGGCCUGAGACUGCUUUUUUUGGUUUGCUAAAGAUGGUGCUGAAGAAGGAUUGUGUCAGUGAUAACUUAUAUGUUACUCCUUACUUUCUGAAAUCUGCUUUCUCAGUGUCACUGUCAUUUAAUUUCUUUCCUCUCUCUGGAAAACAAUGUGAUUUCUUAAAUGAUUUAAAAUCCUAAAAACCACAUCUAGUUUAUAAAAAGCAAAAACAGUCUUUCGUUUGUCAAAUUUGUUUUCAAAUGUUGAUUAAAAACUGAAUUUACA